CGGGCGGGAGGGUGUGAUGAUUGCGCGAUCAGUGGGGUUCACGAUUUCAAGUUCUGCAAGGUGGAUUGUGUGGCAUUGUGGCUCGGGCCGCGUUUGCCCAGCCAGCUGGCCACCAGCGGGUGGGUGCGAGGUGUAGCGGGCGCGGCAUGGCGAUGACCGUCGGUGCCGCGCUGGCUACGCCGCGGGCACUUGCGAUCCCGCGCCCUGCCGCGGCGAAGUGGGCCUCGGGCGCUGGCGCGCCAGCGGCGCCCUGCGGCCUGGGCGCUGCUGCCCGCGGACGGGGCAGGAGCCGGCGGUGCCCCGCCGGCGCACUGCGGCGUGCCAGAGGCCGCGCGCCCGGCCAGCUGCCAUCGACGCCGCUGCACCGCGCCCUGCGUGUGGUGGCUCCUGCGGCCGCGGCCGCGGUCGCAGCGGUGCUGGCGUGCACCAGCCCGCUGCCGCGGCCGUGGCUCCGGCCCAGCGCCGCCCACACGGCCGAGCAUUGGCUGGUCUGGCUCAGCGCCUCGGCCGCCCUGCAAUGUGCGGCCGUCUCCCUCGCGGCCGCGGCUGCGACGCAGGGCCUGCACCACAGGCGGCGGCUGGUACUGUUCUGGGCCCACGGCGCCCUCGCGGCCGCGUCUCUCGGGCCACUGAUUUACGGGGCGGCCAGGGGGCUGCCGCUCGCGGACGCAGGGCCGCGCACGGUGGCCAUGGCCGCGGUGCUCUUCACGGCUUGGGCCUGCGCCAACGGCUCGGGGGCCAUCUUCGGGCCGAGGGGGUACCCGGCGCCGGUCAAGUGGUACCUGACCCGGCACUUUGGCUCGCCCGUGCGCGGCAAGGCGCUCCUGAUCAAGUACCACAAGACAGUCGGCGCGCUGGCCUACGCGCUCACCACGCUGGCCGCGGUGCUGCUGCUGCUGUCCGGCGCGGGCGCCGCCGCCCCCGCGGGGCCGCGGGCGGCCGCGUGCUGCGCGCUCGCGCUCACGCUCGCCGCCGCGGCGGCGUUGGGGCCCUCGGCGCUGCGGCGCAGGUUCGGGCUGCCCCAGGUCCAACUGGCCCGCGGCGACAGCGGCGUGCCGCGCCUCGAGGUCGUGCUGUGAGCCGCGGCAGGCGCUACCCAGGCCUCAUUCGCCGAAGUCGCCGCUGUCCCCGUAGGGUCGCGCCGUCUCCGCGCGGCCUGGCAAAUUUUCUAAGGGUGUGCCGCUCCUCCUCCUCUCCCCGCCCCUCCCCCCCCCUCCGUCUAUCUCUCCGAUCCUGCCUCCUUCCCCUUCCCAACGCAGAGACGAUUCUGAAAUGACCUCGAAGAUGAGCGAACAUUUCAAUCGUAAAGACCUGCCUACAAGUGCCGCCCCACUCGAGCGUGCGCCGACCCCUGGAGGAUGGUCCUGAGCGCCGGCCUGACGCAGCAAACAGUGUCCACGCCA